UUCUGCCUGCUGCAGGGCCCCACCAUGGUGAUCAACCUGACGAAGCCGCUGUGCCCACUGCUGGAGGAGAUGAGCCGCGUGCAGAGCCACAGGAAUGCCAGCCUGCGUUACAUGGACUACGCGGCCGUGCUGGUGCACGGGCUGGCAGGCGUGGCAGGGCUGCUGGAAAACGGCCUCAUCAUCUUUGUAGUGGGCUGCCGCAUGCGCCAGACCGUGGUGACCACCUGGGUGCUGCACCUGGCGCUGUCCGACCUGCUGGCCACCGCCUCCCUGCCCUUCUUCACCUACUUCUUAGCCGUGGGCCACUCGUGGGAGCUGGGCACCCCCUUCUGCAAGCUGCAUUCGUCCGUCUUCUUCCUCAACAUGUUCGCCAGCGGUUUCUUGCUCAGUGCCAUCAGCCUGGACCGUUGCCUGCAGGUGCUGCGGCCCGUGUGGGCCCAGAACCGACGCACGGUGCCCGCGGCGCAUCGCCUGUGCCUGGCACUCUGGGCAUUGGCGGUGCUCAACACGGUGCCCUAUUUCGUGUUCAGAGACACCAUCCCACGAAGGGACGGCCGCAUCAUGUGCUACUACAAUGUGCUGCAGUGGCAUGACGGGUCCGGGCUGGACGCCGUGUGCCACUCGCGCCAGCUGGCCCUGGCGGUGAGCAAAUUCUUGCUGGCCUUCUUGCUGCCCCUGGCUGUCAUCGCUGCCAGCCAUGUGGCCGUCAGCCUGCGGCUGGGCCGUCGACGGGGUCGCAGGCCCUCUGGCCGUUUCGUGCGCCUGGUGGCAGCCGUGGUGGUGGCCUUUGCGCUCUGCUGGGGCCCUUACCACGUCUUCAGCCUGCUGGAGGCCCUCGCGCAUCAUCACCGAUCCCUACGGCAGCUGGUACGGAAGGGUUUGCCCUUUGUCACCAGCCUGGCCUUCCUCAACAGCGUGCUCAAUCCACUGCUCUAUGUCUUCACCUGCCCCGACGUGUGGCACAAGCUAAGGCGCUCCUUGCGCAGCGUUUUGGAGACGGUGCUGGCGGAUGACAGCGAGCUGGGGGUCUUGGGGAGCCGGCGCCGACGCGCCUCCUCGGCUUCCAGCGUUUCCACCACUGGCAAAGCCGCUGACUCUGUCUCCGGGUCAGGCCCCGGGCGUCUCCUGCGCUGGUUGCGGGGUGCUCGUUCGACGCCCUCCACGAGGGAUCGGGCUCCAUCCCAGGAUGAGGCGGGCCCACUGAAGCGGGAGCUGAGCUGCACCUCCGAGUAA